UCGGCCUACGUGUCACCAGACGUGCAGAUCAUGGACGAUGUACAUAUGCAGCCAAUGCGCCGUGUCUCUCGCGAGACGAUACUGGUGCCUCCAACAAGAUCUGACUCUGCAAGCGUACCACCUGAAGCACUCUCGAAAUCACACGCAACGCAGGCACCCACACUCGCACGAAUCACGUUCUCGCCAUUUUCCAACAUCAUCAACGCAGCCGUGGCUCCCAAGCCUUCUGUCAACCGAGUCGACGCCACUCAGGAACCACGAGAGCAACACGUAAGCUUUAUGUCAGGUGGCAUUGGCCACAGGCCUUCGCUUCCACGACUCAACACCUUCGACUCCGCUUUGAAUCAAAGAUCUAGCAUGCUCAGCAUCACCAGCGCCGGAGAAGAAGUCCUCGGUGCAUGGGCCGAUCUAGGCGGCGGACGAGACUGCCUCCGGACGAAGCGCAAAACGCCGGAAACAUUACCAACACAAUAAACCCUGCUCAUUCGUUAUUUCUCUACUGUGUACAUCUUGAUGGAAAGGAAAGGCAAACACGAAACGAACGCGAGAAAAGAUACCCUGUACCAAAGAAGACGAUAACGAAGUACUACUUUUCUUUUCCUACUUUGGAGGGCAAGAAGGAGGGAGUGCCGAAAAGUCAAACCCUCAUAUGCAAUGAUCUACUGCAGCGAUGUACUUCUAACAAUAGUCGUCCGCCAAAAUAGGGCGAAAUGAAGAGAUCUCACGAUCCAUGAUUCACAUCG